UUGUGUUCCAAAACACAAACAACCUUUGUCAGUCUUGAUAGCAGGAGCUGAUAUUAAAGCUCAACAGUUGUUGUCAGGCCGCAGUUUGUUUUUGCCCGAAAGCAAUAUGUCGACUGUAGGGUUAGUUUUGUGCAUCUGCGUUCUGGUGCCUAAUCUUGUUUUCGGGGGAACCACCCUUAAAACAAAAGAUCUCAGCAUACCAGUACAAGUCAAUACCAAAGCACUAGUAAGCGCUUUAGCUACCAACGCCACCGACGUACCGUCGUUUAACGAAUAUGCCGAUUCCAUUCUCGAGGAUUUGAAGGAAUACUCGAUUACUUACGGACUUGAUCCAGUAGAACUGGAGGACAUUGUAGAAGAGUUCCAGUGGAAAGUGCUUUUAAUCACCUACAAAGGACAAUUGACCCUCACCAAUGGUUGGAUGCAAGGUUUGUCCACAAUUUAUAGAACAGAUGACGUAACUGUUACCUUGUCUGACCGAAAUUUUAAUAUUGCUGUACCAGUUAGUUUGGAAUUUCUCUUGAUUGAUUACAAAUAUUCGGCAAAAUUCAUGGGCCUUGGACCUCAAGGUACAAUUAACGCCAGAAUAACAGGCAUUGAUUUUCUCUUAAACUUGGGACUGAACUCAGAAACUAAUGAUUUCACACUGAACAGUAUCGACAUUCAAAACACAGGAAACAUCAAACUCAAAUUUGGAGGAAAUGUUCUUACAGACUGGCUAAUUAAUAUCUUUUCCAAUGUGGUUACACGUGUCUUUAGACGAGUAAUUGUGGAAGUUUUAGAAGGAAACUUCUCAGAAAUUUUCCAGUACGUCCUCGACAUAAUCAACAGAAGUAAUUGACUUUAAUUUCAAAUGUUGUUUGUUUAAUUGACUUGUAAUUUAUUUAUAUACACACGUUAAUCUGUUUCAUAAGAUAUUUAAUACAGGAAAUAUUAGCAAAG